GAGUAGUAAAGUGUGCGGACGGCGGAUUUUCUGGCAGGAUAGAGAUUAGGGGAUGGGCGAGCCCGCUGACCCAGCGAUGUCAGGGAGACAGAAGGCGUCACAUUGCCCCGGCACACAGCGGUUCACGCCAAGGGAAACCCAGGCAUCAGGAAGACAGCAACACAAAGUGGGAGAACCAUGUGUGACUUUGCAGGAAAAGGGAGAACCAGCUCAUCGCAGGGGGGAGACGGCUGAAGAGAUCGCCACCACUCGGGAGUUAACUUGGACCACGUCUGUGCAAAUAAAUAAAGUACAAUUAUGAGCAGAUUUUGGAACCAACUGAAGGCUGGGAGCUCUGAAGUGGAUUGGUGUGAGGGGAAUUACAUGAUCGUCUCAAACAUUGCUGAAUUUUACAACACGAUUAGCAAUGUUCUAUUUUUCGUGUUGCCACCUAUAUGCAUGUAUUUAUUUCGGCAGUAUGCAACAUGCUUCAACAGUGGAAUAUAUCUAAUUUGGACUUUGCUUGUUGUUGUAGGUAUAGGGUCAGUUUAUUUUCAUGCAACCUUGAGCUUCCUUGGCCAAAUGCUGGAUGAACUGGCGAUUCUUUGGGUUUUAAUGUGUGCCUUGGCCAUGUGGUUUCCCAGACGAUAUCUACCACGCAUCUUUCGACGAGACAGGAGUCGAUUUAAGGCUGCUGUUGGCAUUCUAUCCGGUGUGACCACGUGUCUUGCAUUCGUGAAGCCAGCAAUCAAUAACAUUUCAUUGAUGACUCUGGGAAUCCCCUGUACAGCUCUGCUUAUUGCUGAACUAAAAAGGUGUGAAAAUAUACGAGUAUACAAGCUGGGUCUCCUGGCAGGCUUUUGGUGGGCUUUAGCACUACUCUGCUGGAUCAGCGAUAAUCUUUUCUGUGAUCUCUGGUCUGCAUUCAACUUUCCAUAUCUGCAUUGUGGCUGGCACAUCUUGAUCUGUCUGGCUGCCUAUCUGGGUUGUGUUUGCUUUGCCUACUUUGACGCCGUCUCAGAAAUCCCAGAGCAGGGCCCAGUUAUCAAGUUCUGGCCCAGUGAGAAGUGGGCCUUCAUUGGUAUUCCAUACGUUUCACUACUUUUUGCAGAGAAUAAGUCUCAGCUGAAAGUUACUUAAGAGCACUGUUACCUGCUUUUUUCCAUAUGUUGUUUUGAUUCAGAGAUUGGGAAAGCUUUAUUUCAUGAGGCAGAGGGUGUCUCCCAAAUUUCUGGAUAUACGUACUUUGCACCUUAGAUCCAUAAUAACACUAAAUCUCUCAUGAGAGCAAAAUUUGUUAGAAUUUGAAAAUGUACAUUUGAUUAAUUCACGACCAUUGGACCAGAUUCAGACCCACCUAAAAUUUAUUGUGCCAUCUCAGUUAAACGAUUUCAGCUUCCAGCUGGUAUUAACUGCGGUUAAGAGCUCAACUACAGGAGUGACCAGUUCAAAUUACCUUGCAUUGAUCCUGCAACUCUGAAAGGGAAUAAGCAUUGGGCUGGAGAAGGUGAUAGAUCUCAUUCUAAAAGUUGGUAGCUUGUUGAAAGAGAUGGCAGUAUGCUAGCAAGACGGGAGUACCUAGGUUUUCAGAUGCAGCACCUGAAGCCUCGGACAAUGAGGAGAGAAGGAACAAGCUCCUGAAGCUGGAAUGGUUUUGGAUGCAAGUUCUGUAGCCAAACAGACAAGAAAACAGAGCCACAGGAUUUCAGAGACCUUUUAGUCAAGAUCACUACAUGCAUCUUCAAAGGCCCACCAACAGUGCCAUCGUCUGGCCUGACAGGAACACACUUAUAAUGUCAAGCAAGAUUCAAACUGCCGGUGGAACACAGCAAGUCAGGUAGCAUCUGUGGAGGAAACUGGACAGACAACAUUUCAGAUCGUUACCUUUCUGACAUUUACCCUGAUGACAUUUUGGAUUGGGACUCUUCUUCAGACCGCAGACUGUGUCUCCAUACAACAUCAAGCUCUAUGAAGGAGUCCAGCCACAGGUUUGCAUGGGGUCUUGCAUGGAGCCAUAGGACCUCACCUUUCCAAUAUGAAUGUGAUGGCUAGCUCCAGUUUGACAGAACAUCUCAACUUCCAUUGCAGUACAGCUGUCAUCUGGCACAGAAGCUUAGAUUGCUGCCAUCACUGCUGCAAGUGUCAUUGUUCAAAAUGCCUCUCCAACAAUUGCUGACGGUGAUGGCCACAACUUUCAUAUUGGAAAGGGCAAAUUCCAGGCUCUCUAUGAAGCCCUAUGCCAUGUGAUGCCCUCAAAGCACCGUGACAUUGAAAUCACUCUUUCUGGCACACAUUGUAAAGCUCAAUAUUUCACUCUGUAUGCCCAUCAGCCUCUAUCCACAGACUGUCUCUUCAUCUGAGCCUUCUGCAAUAGAACUUGCUUGUGACCUUGAAUUUAAAGCAAUUGCACUAUUCCCUUUUUUGUCCUGUCCUUGAAAAGGUGACCUUGCCUCUAUGCCAUCCUUUAAACUCCUCUGCCUUUCUCUAUCCAAUUGCCUUUGGUAUGGGGGCAGUGACCUUCCCUGGAGUACAGAUCAACAAAGUAUUGGUGACACAACACAAGGAAUAGUCUAUGUUAGUUUACAUAAAAGACACAAAGUGCUGAAGUAACUCCGCUGGUCAGGCAGCAUCUCCGGAGAACAUGAAUAGGCGAUGUUUUGGGUUGGGACCUUCUUCAGAUCUUUUGUGAUGUUUGUUUUGGUGAAGUCCAUUUCUUAUUCAAGUUAUUCAUGUGUGAGAUUUGGCAAUGAAGGAUGGCAGGCUUUUGACUAGGGCAGAGGAGAACUCAUUGUGCUAACAUUGUAUAUCUCUAACCCGUGGCAACAUCAUAUGGAAAACAAAACAAAAUAUUUAUUUAUAUAGCAUCUUUAAUGAUCCUGGAACACCACAAAAUGCAAAGCAAACAAUUCUUGAAUUGUAGAACACCAUUACAGAAUCACAACAUUGAAUCUAAUGGCAGGCCAUCGAAAGGUUAUCCGCUAAUUACCACAUUUUUGUUCCUUAUCUCAAGUAUUUGUGCAAUUUUCUGUUAUAAGCUAGUAUUGAAUCUGUUUUCCCUCUUGCAGACAGUACUUUCCAGCUCAUAAUAGUUCAGUGCAUAUAAUCGUUUUUCAGCUUUCACUCCUCUACUUCAUCAAUCUGUCCAUUUCCCUCCCCAGAUGUUGCCCAGUCGCUGUUUCUCCAGCGGUUUGUUUUUGGCAUAAAGUAAUUUCUUCUUAAUUCUCUUCAUGUUGUAAUGUAGAAAUGUGGCUGCCAAUUUUCACAAGGCAGACCCCCACAGAGAGCAGAAAGUCAAUAACUGAAACAUUUACUUCCUAAAAUGAUGGGAGACAUCAGCGAAUUAUCCUGCUCUUCCUUGAAUAGUUCUUUUGGGAUUUUUAUAUCUUGAUCAGAGAAGAGGUGAGGCCUUGGUUUAGCAUUUCUUCCAAAAGUUAUACUCCUUCAGUUCUGCAUUGAAAUAUGAGCAUAGAUUUAUGUACUCAGGGGUUGGGAGGGGACCUGAACCCACCAAUUUCUGCCUCAAGAGGUGAGACAUUGAAUCCAACAGGCCAUGUUUCACAUAUACAUGUUCCUUUACUUUUCUUCCUCCAUAAUCCUCCAAUCUGUUUAUUACUUUCUUAAUAUUUAUAAAUAGAACUAUACUAAGUGGGACCCGUUGAGUCCCAGCAUCA